AUGGCCAACAGCUGCAUCCUCCAGCUCGCUCUCCUGCUGUGCUUCUCCACCACCGUUAUCUCCAUCAACUACGACCUGCUUCAGUUCCACCAAAAAAGCAGCAACGUAGCCUGUCGGACGCUCCUGUUGCAGCUGAACAGUAGCUGCAUGAUCACCAAGGACUUCCAGGCCCCUAAGGAGAUUCAGCAGCCACAGCAGUUACAGAAGGAGAAAGCCGUGCUGAUCAUCCAAAGGAUGGCCCUGAAGAUCUUUGAUAUUUUCACAAGAAAUUUCUCUAGCACUGGCUGGAAUGAGACCAUUGUUGAGAACCUUCAGGAGAAACUCUUCUGGCAGAUGAACCGUCUGGAGACAGCCCUGAAGGAGGGGAACAUCACCUGGGAAGGUGAAGCGGUGCCUAAGUGGCGCCUAGAGGCCUAUUACUCGAGGAUAGUACAGUACCUGAAGGCCCAGUCAUACAGCAGAUGUGCCUGGACGGUAGUCCAAAGGGAAAUCCUCAGGAACAUUUCCUUCCUUAACAGGCUGACAGAUUGCCUCCAAAACUGA